UUGCCUUUUUUCCCCCCCUCCGCCCCAUCAGCCAAGCUAGAUAUUAAUUAUAGAUUGGGUUUCUAAUGAGUGGGAUUUACCUCUCCUGUCAAAUCGGGAAGGGGAAGGGAUCUGUUCCCUCCAAAAAAGAAUAAAAGUCAGCACCUCCUUGCCUCUCUCUCCUCCUCCUCCUCCUCUUCUCCCCCCUCUUCUGCCUCCCCUCCUGUAGAUUUAUUUCACCUCGGAGAGUAAACAGAUCUAGUCCAAGCCCAAAGGGUUGAUGGGUAGUGUAUUUACAAAGGGAAGGAGGAAAAAAAAGAGAAAGACCCCCCUCUUCUUUGGCAUCCACCUCUUCCUCUUCUUCCUCCUCCUCCCCCAAAGCCAUCCCCAUUAAUGAGAGCGAUCAUUAAGUGAGUCGCUGCCUUUCCAGAGUUCAGCCACUAAAAAGACUUCUCAGCGAUUUAAUUGAAAGCCACCAAGCCGGCUUUCCACGCAUGUCCCCCUUGUAAGGAAGUGUGGGGAGAGCAGAGGGGGAAAGGAAGGGAGGGAGGGAGGGGGCCUUGGCUUGCUCUCCUUCUCCUUCUUCUCCUCCUCCUCGCCCCUUUUCACACUCCCCCCUUCCCAUCUCAGCCUCUCCUCCUCUUCCUCCUCCUCCUCCUCUUCAGCCCCCCCCCCCAUGUAAAUUUCACCAUCGCUUUCCGUGAUGUCAUUUUGAAAAGGGACGGACAAUAGGCUGGGCUUUUGAAAGGGGGGGACCAAAAAAAACCACAACAACAACAACAACAACAACAAGAAAAUGAGUUCCGAGGCAAACUGCUGAGUCAAAAGUGGACCCGCGGAGAAAAGAUCAGCAGUUGCGAGACAGCAAAAAGCCUCCACAGCAGGCACAUCAAGAUGAGUUUAGAGAAUGACGACAAGCGAGCACGCACACGAUCAAAGGCAAUCAGAGUACCUACAGAACUCAUCGGUCAGGAGGUGAGCUGCCCUACUCCAGGAUGCAACGGAUCAGGACACAUCCGGGGAAAGUAUGCAAGACAUAGGAGUUUACAAAGUUGCCCACUUGCGAAGAAGAGGAAGCUUGAACAUGCAGACGCAGACCAUCCAGCAUCCAAAAGGAAAUCCCACCCCCUUAAAAUAGCCCUGGACGAAGGCUACAACGUGGACAGCGAUGGAAGUGACGAGGCUGGGGUGAAAGAGGACUCUGUGACGGAUGAUUCGGAAGGCACCCUGGAGGAGGAAGAGGCUGAGACGAUAGACCAAGAGGAGGCCUACAGCAGCCCUCUGCCACAAGAAGACCAAGUCGAAGAAGAAAAUCUGGCAGCCAAGGAAGAGAGAUCUGAAAGCGAAGGACAGGUCUCCAGUGUUAGCGAAAAGGUGGAUUCGCUUCAUGAAGGGGCAACAGAGGAGGAAGAAGAAGAGGAGGAGGAGGAGGAAGAAGAGGAAGAAGCAGGGGAAGAGGAAUGCGAGAAGGAGAUCAUCAUUCAGACAGAAGAUGCCGAGGAAGUCAUUGAGCUGACCAGUGAACGGAGCAGUGAUUUGUGCCUGGAACAUCGAGAUGAUGAAGUGAGCUGUGAGGAAUCAUUAAAACUGCAAAAAGAGGAGGAGGAGGAGGAGGAGGAAGAUGAAGAUGAAGAGGAGGAAGAAGAGGAGGAAGAGGAACAUGAAGAGGAACAUGAAGAAGAGGAGGAGGAAGAGGAGGAGGAGGAAGAUUAUGAAGAUGAGGAGGACGAAGAGGAGGAGGAGGAAAGUGCAACUGAAAUGGUAUCUGAAGAAGUUCCUCACACAUCUCAGGACUCCCCCAAAAUGCACUGUGAAGGACCGACGGUCAGUCCCAAGCCAGAGUAUUCUGUAAUUGUGGAAGUGAGGUCAGACGACGACAAGGACGAUGAUUCUCACUCCCAGAAAUCCACUGUGACGGACGAAUCUGAGAUGUACGACAUGAUGACCCGGGGAAACCUGGGGCUCUUGGAACAGGCCAUUGCGCUGAAAGCGGAACAAGUGAAGGUGGUGAAGGAGCCUGGCCAGCAGCUGACAGGGGAGCAUGUGAAGCAUUACCAGGUUGAGGAGAAACAGAACAAAACCCUGGACUCCAUCAGGAAGAGCUACUAUAGCAAAGAUCCAUCGAGACCAGAGAAGCGUGAGAUCAAAUGCCCAACUCCAGGCUGUGAUGGAACAGGCCAUGUGACAGGGCUCUACCCUCACCAUCGCAGUUUGUCCGGCUGUCCGCACAAAGACAGGAUCCCUCCAGAGAUCCUGGCCAUGCAUGAGAAUGUAUUAAAAUGUCCAACCCCUGGGUGCACCGGACAAGGCCAUGUGAACAGUAACCGCAAUACUCACCGAAGCUUAUCCGGGUGCCCUAUUGCAGCUGCUGAAAAGCUUGCCAAAUCCCACGAAAAGCAGCAACCCUUGACGGGUGACCCUUCAAAGAAUAACUCCAAUUCUGAUCGGAUACUCAGGCCGAUGUGCUUUGUGAAGCAACUGGAGGUGCCUCAGUAUGGGAGCUACCGGCCCCAUAUGGUUCCCACCACGCCAAGGGCCAACUUGGCCAAGGAGCUGGAGAAGUACUCCAAGGUCACCUUCGAUUAUGCAAGUUUUGAUGCUCAGGUUUUUGGCAAACGCAUGCUUGCCCCAAAGAUUCAGACUAGCGAAACCUCACCUAAAGCCUUUAAAUCCAAACCUUUUCCAAAGGCCUCUUCCCCUGGCCACAGUCCCUCCAGCAGUUACGUGAAGAGCACUUCGUCUUCAUCCACAGGCUUCGACUACUCCCACGAUGCCGAAGCUGCGCAUAUGGCUGCCACUGCCAUUUUGAACCUCUCCACUCGAUGUUGGGAGAUGCCUGAGAAUCUCAGCACCAAGCAGCAAGAUCUGCCUAGCAAGUCAAUGGACAUUGAAGUGGAUGAAAACGGGACUUUGGACUUAAGCAUGAACAAGCACCGCAAACGUGAGAGCGCCUUCCCCAGCAGCAGCAGCUGCAGCAGUAGCCCCAGCAUCAAAUCCCCAGAUGUGUCCCAACGCCAAAACAGCACCAGUGCCACAAGCAGCACCAUGACCUCACCCCAGUCCAGCCACACAUCCCGGCAGGAUGAAUGGGACGGCCCCAUUGACUACACCAAACCAAACCGGCAGCGGGAAGAGGAGCCUGAAGAGUCAGAGCCUGCAAUGCGUUCUUUCGCCUCUUCUGAAGCAGAUGACCAGGAACUCCCUGAAGAAAAUUUUGAAGAAAGGAAGUAUCCUGGGGAAAUCACCUUAACCAAUUUCAAGCUUAAAUUCCUUUCCAAGGAGAUCAAGAAAGAGCUGCUUACCACUCCACGUUAUCAGCAGAACUCUUCUCCAGCACCACAUCUCAAUUGCCCAACCCCAGGCUGUGAUGGCAGCGGACACAUCACGGGGAAUUAUGCUUCUCACCGCAGCCUUUCUGGUUGCCCUCUUGCUGACAAGAGCCUCAGAAAUCUCAUGGCUGCCCACUCUGCUGACCUCAAGUGCCCAACUCCCGGCUGUGAUGGCUCCGGUCAUAUAACAGGAAAUUAUGCAUCACAUAGGAGUCUAUCAGGCUGCCCUCGUGCCAAGAAAAGUGGAAUCAAGAUUACCCCCACAAAGGAUGACAAAGAGGAUCCAGAGCUGAUGAAGUGCCCUGUUCCUGGCUGUGUUGGGCUCGGACACAUCAGUGGUAAAUAUGCCUCCCAUCGCAGUGCCUCGGGGUGCCCCCUCGCAGCCCGGAGACAGAAAGAAGGGUCUCUCAAUGGCUCCUCCUUUUCGUGGAAGUCGCUCAAGAAUGAGGGCCCAACCUGUCCAACCCCAGGUUGUGAUGGCUCAGGUCAUGCAAAUGGAAGUUUCCUCACCCACAGAAGCCUUUCAGGGUGUCCAAGAGCUACUUUUGCUGGGAAAAAAGGGAAAAUCUCAGGGGAUGAAAUUCUCAACACUAAAUUCAAGACCAGCGAUGUUCUAGAAAAUGAUGAAGAAAUUAAGCAGUUAAACAAAGAAAUUAGUGAGCUGAAUGAAUCCAACACUGAGAUGGAAGCAGCGAUGGUGAAGCUGCAGUCACAGAUCUCAAGCAUGGAGAAGAACCUCAAGAACAUUGAGGAGGAGAACAAGAUCAUUGAGGAGCAGAAUGAAGCCCUCUUCCUUGAGCUCUCAGGGCUGAGCCAGACUCUUAUCCAAAGUCUUGCCAAUAUCCGCCUUCCACACAUGGAGCCAAUCAGUGAGCAGAACUUUGAUGCAUACGUCAACACCCUUACUGACAUGUACACAAACCAAGAAUGCUACCAGAAUCCCGAGAACAAGGACCUGCUGGAAAGUAUUAAACAGGCCAUUAAAGGAAUUCAGGUCUAAGUCCAGGGAGAUUUAAAAAAGUGGGAAGAAAACCAGAAGAAAAAAAGGGGGAUGGUAAAAGAAAUAGAAAUUCAAAUUACUGGAAGAAUAUAGAGGACCUUCACCCUGCAUUUUCAGGUUUACAAGUGACAAAACUUGUCGAAUGAAUGAAUCAAAGGACCAAACCGUAACCAAGAGGCCAUUCACAAGAAGAACGAACUCAAUAUGUUUUUGUUUACUUGGUGGCAUCCCUUUGGCAGAUGGAAGGGGCUUUCUUACAACUUUUUGUCCCGUUCUACAAGAUAGGUGUUCAAAGUGGGUCUUGGAUGCAUAUGAGGAUCAAGGAUCUUCACAAGCCGAAAGGCUCCAUGGUUGAAUUAGUCCAAGGUUUAGCGCAUUCAAAGCUUUCAUCUGUAUCACAACAGACUCUACAACGCUAUGUUGCCUCUGGUCAUGUCCUCAGAUAACACAUGCAUUAUGCGACUUGUAUUGUUCGUGUGAAGCUGGAGCUGCAGACUAUGUGUCCAUCCCGGCCUGGACUGGGAUUCUUACCCCACCAAGGAUUCUGACACGUACUGGACAUAAAAACUCUUACAAGUAUUAUAGAGUAGCAUUAUUUUUUAUUUUCCAAAAGAGCAGCUCUGGAUCUCCAGUGGAAAGCGCAAUGGAAAAAAAUAAUUACAAAAGGUUCUCAGGGAAGCUUUUUUGGAGUUUGCAACUACAGUAUUCCUUUGUCCGUCUUUGAAAAAAAUUGAUAAUAGCUAUUAAUGAACAGACCAACAUUGGAACAUUUUGUAUGGAAGAAUUCUAAGUGUGUCAUGGUCCAGUGUACAUGAGUUUUGGAAAGUCCUUUUGCUGACCGUUCUGGUUCUGUUUGUCGUUGUGGUCAUCGUUGAGUAGCCGCAAAGCCUGGCAAGGCGUUAUUGCGCGAGACACGUUUAAAGUGUGAUUAGGAACAAAAAGGUGUCUAGGAAGGGUCAUUUGCUCUUCGCUAUGGACCUUUGGCUGAUACGUACAUGGUUUUGGGUUCUCAGCUUUCUUUUCUACGUUUUCGUUAAUGUUUCACAAAACUGAGUGAUCAUCAUUCUACAAAAGGAACAGUUGGGUAUAGAUCUUCCAAAGAACCACUUGCUUUUAGUUUCGGUUGUUUGUAUGUAUGUUUUGUUAACCCUUCAGUAUAUGUAGUCCGCUGUGCACUUAAAAGAACCACAGUGAAGUGAAUGUCUCUUUAAAAUGAAUUUCUUCAGCACCACCUUUACCCACAAACACAUUUGCUGGAUGUGUAAAAGGAGGUUAGAGGGGCAGGAGGAUGAUAUAAAUAUUGAUUCUGCCUCUGGGUCAUCAAAUUGUUCUAGGAAACCACCUCUAAACUUAAAGAAAAUCAACUAUUUUGAAGCUUGUCACUACCAUGCUGAGGCUAAAUGCAGGACAUAGGUUUAACACUGAGCUAAGGGAAAUGGUUGGUGGCAGUGAUGGCUGGAGGCACCCAUCUCAAAUGGGUGGUGAAUCCAAUGUGAGUGAUAGUUUGAACUUUACAAGAGGUACCCCAGGCACUGGACCUAUUUUGGGCAUGGGUUCAGGACUUUGGAUUGCUCCUUGUAGUAAAACCUAAGGCCCAUUAACGCUACAGAUUUACAGGCAGUCCCCAGGUUACGAGCAAGAUAGGGUCUGUAAGUUUGUUCUUAAGUUGAAAUUGGAAGUUGGAACAGGUAUGUUUUUUAAAUGUAACACCAACCUUUUUUUAACCUUUGGAUUGCAAGGGGAAGGGUUAACACCCCUGCGGUGUUUGUUUUGCUGCCUGUGUCCCAAUUCUGAAGAUUUCACCUCACUUUCUGUCUCUGUGAUAAUUGGAUUUUGAGAAAAUUUGACUUGUUGUGGAAACAAGGAUUGGUGCUAAAGCUUCAGUGGAGACACCUUUCCCCUAUGAUAGCUCUUUCGGGAGUCAUUUGUAAGUCGGAUAUUUGUAACUUGGUGACUGCCUGUAUAGUGCUAUUAUUCCAUUUUAACUUCUAUGGCAAAAUCCUAUGGAAUCUUGGAAUUUAUACUUUGAUGAGCCUGUGGAUUACCCUGACUAAAUGCUCCUCCCUACCAAACCCCCAGGAUUGCAUAGGAUGGCAACAUGACAGUUAAAGUGGAAUUAUAGCACUUUAAUUCUACACUAUGAAUGGAGCUGAUUCGCAGUAUCCUGGCAUGGGAUGUCUUUACUACAGUGAUGAUCAAGAGAGAGAAAAGUAUGAAAAUAUAGCCAUGAAGUAUCAGAAAAGAGACCUCGUGUCUCUCCCUUCCGCUUUCCACAUGUUCAUACCUCCUUCACACCUGUUAUUCCAGCAAAUCUUAGAGCCGGAAGAAGUGUUUGAUAAAAUUCAAGUGGAAAAAGUAUUAAAUAUUCUGCAAGGGUUCUUAAAAUAUAUAUUUUUGGUGCUGAAAGGUCAUUUCUUAUGGCAAUAAUUUGGUUUACAAACUAACCCCCCUGACAAAUUCUGAGGUUGCAACCUGAUGCUCAUUUCACAUGGGGAUAUGGCCCACUUAACUCAAUGGGACUUCCUUCCAUGAAAAUAAAAGAAAAUGUGUAAAUGUUUUUUCUAGCCAGGUUAGGAUAGUUGGUCAGGUCAGGUUUUGCCCUGUAAACACAACAUGGAGCCUUGGUUUCACUGAAAAUUAAUAAAACUUGUUGAUUCUGUGGGAACAAGCGCCCAAGAGCCCCUUGUGCGCAACUUUGUGCACUGAAUGUGCCACUUAUACCCUUCAAGAUGUUGCUCUUCACAUAAAAAUGGCAGAGUUAGAAAUGACUGAAAGGGCCAUUGAAUCCAACCCACUGCCAAACACACAACUAAAGCACUCCCAAAAGACGGUUAUCCAACUUUGGUUGAAAAAUAUGAGAGUCCAUCACCCUCCGAGACAGUCUCUUCCAUUCCCAAACAGUUCUUACAAGCAAGGUAUUCUUCCUAAAGUUUAGGUAGGAUCUCUUUUCUUGUAAUUUGAACCCAUUGGUUCAUGGUCUAGUCUCUGGAGAAGUAGAGAACAAGUUUGCUCCAUCUUCUCCAUGGCAUCCCUUCAGAUUUUAAAGAUGGCUAUCACAUCACCUUUCAACUUCUCUUCUCCAAGCUGGAGAUACCCCAGGUCCUAAGCCAUUCUUCAUAGGGAUUUCCACUCCUUUGGAUAUGUUCUGCCUUGGCAAUAUCUUUCAUGAACUGUUUUGCCCAGAGCUGGACACAAAAUCCAAGGUGAUGUCUGACCAAAGCUGAUUAGAGUGGCUUUUCUUGAUCUAGAAACUACGCUCCCAUUGAUACAGCCUAGAAUUCCAUUGGCUUUUUCAGCCACUUCAUCACAGUAUUGGCUCAUGUUUGUGAAUGACUAGAUUUUUCUCACUGGGUUUCUCCAUCAUCACAAAUGUCUUUUGGGGCAAUACAAGGGGCUUACAGUGGAAAGUUAAGAAACCUUGGUCUAAGGAAAGGAAGAUUGCACACUGAGAUUGUAUUUGAAGUUGAAAUGUUGGGUUUCUCAGAAGGGUUUCAUCCUGAGGCUUUGUUUUAAAAUGUGUCAACUUUUGAUCCUCUCUUGUUCUGUUUCCUCAUUUUUACAGCCAGAAGAGAGGAGUGAGAAAUGUAGAAUGAAUUUUCUGGCCAAUGGGAGUUUUAUAUUCAUGUGAAAACCUUGCCUGAAGCAACAACCAUAGAGAGCCUCCAUGUGAAAAAAAAUGCCUUAAAAGCCUAAUCCUGCAUAUACUUAGGCUAUAAAUGGGAGGAAAGGUUUUGGAAGUCAAUGGAAAGGGCCCAACAAGUAAGGAGCAAGUGAGGGGGCAAAUGAAGCACAUGGGUGACUUUACUCAAAUGCCUAGUUCUGUGGUAGAUAUAAAAACCACAGCACUACUCAUUGGAGUAAACAGGUUUGUGUGCCCAAAAUGAUGAAAAUGAUGGGCUCUUUGGCUUGGCAGAUAGAUACAACCUGUGGAAAGUGCAAAGAAGAAAGCAAAGGAAGGGGGAGAAAAGAUUGAAACGAAGUAUUUAAAAAUGAAAUGCUUUCAAUGUGUAAAUAGAGUCCAACUUGGUGAUAAUUGCAGAUCAGUUAGUAUUUAAGAGUAGAGAAAUUGCACUUCCUUAAAAGAAAAAGAAGGGUCGUGGGGGGGAGUAGUUAGCUGAAUUAUCCUGUAAAUUAUUUGAGGGUGCAUUCAAAUGCACAUACUUUUGCGUGGUGGAACCGCUAUAGAAAUGCACUCACUGUGUUUUUUCUCUGUCCGCACAGUCUUUUCCCCAGGAUCAAUCAAGCUAAGGGGAAAGCAGUCUCUUCCCUUUGGCAAAAUAGACCCAGAAUCUGUACCGACACAAAUUUAAUUCCCCAAAGCAGUUUUCCAACUUUCAACAAAUGGGGUGCCUUUUCUUUUUCCUAUUCAAACACAGAUCAAAUGACCAAAAAAAUCCAAGUAGAUCAACAUGGAAAGCCAAUAAGCAUUUGGUUCAGGUUCACAACCUAUUUAAAAGCACUGGAAAGAAUUUUGUGGGGGAAACACAGUGAGUCCUCUUUCUGUGCGUGCACACCCUAAUUGGGGGAAAAUGUAUGUAAUUUAUAUUCGCCACACCUUACGUUUCGGUUUCUUUACCUAUUUAUUGAAUCUUGUUUUAUUUAUUAAAUUUAUAUUUCUGUUUAAAAACUGGACACAUCACAUCAUGAGAUAGGAAAGGAGACAAAAAAAAUCCCAAAAGUAAUAGGAAAUUUUUGAUCAAUAAAGCAUUAAUAAUCCCUCUAAAGAAGGAAAGAAAGGAAAUAAAAAAUCUAACUCACGCGUGUAGUUUUGAUGCAACCAAGUUAUUUUUUAUAUAUUUUUGUUAUUUAUUCUUUUACCAAUGGGAAUUUUUUUAAAGAUAUUUUAUAACUGAAGUGCUUUUUUAAAUGAAAAAAAAAUAAUGUUUUUUGUUUGCUUUUGUUUCGGGUGGGGGCAAAAUGCAGAAAGGGAGAA